AUGCAUGAGAUCGAAUCACUGUGCAUGGAGUGUGGGAAGCAGGGCAUCACGCGCCUGUUGCCCACAUACAUCCCAUUCUUUCGCGAGGUGAUUGUGAUGAGCUUUUCAUGCCCCCAUUGUGGAAAUCGUAACAGCGAAGUCCAAAGUGCUGGAGAGAUCCAACCGAAAGGAUGCACGUACACGAUCCACAUCACGACCAAAAAAGACAUGAAUAGGCAGAUUAUCAAGUCGGAGUUUUGUACGCUGAGCGUCCCCGAACUGCAGCUGCAAAUUCCAGCACGGCGUGGCCAAAUCACAACGGUUGAGGGCAUUCUGCAGGAUACAUUGCGUGAUCUUGGUAUGGAUCAGCCCGUGCGGAAGCACUUGCAGCCUGAUGUGUACGAGAAAAUUGAGGAUCUCUGUCGAAGGCUGCGUGAGAUGCUGGGCGAGCGCGCAUCGGACGAGACAGACGUAUCCGCAACCGCCACCGAAGAUGCGCAGCCACUCAGGCCAUUCAAGGUCGUACUCGAUGAUCCGUCCGGCAACAGCUUCGUCGAGUACACGGGCCCUAUCGAGAGCAGCGGCGGAGCUGACGUGAAAUGGAGUAAGCGAGACUAUGCACGCACCAAGGAGCAAAACAUUGCGCUUGGGAUCAUGGGCGACCCACAAACACAAAGUCAGGAGGGAGCAGCAGGAUCACAGGGUGCAGAGAAUGGCGGAGCGAACGGUGCUGGCGGCGGCUUCGACAAAGAGACGGGUGAAACAGAGUUUGACAACGAGCAAAUCUACACGUUCCCGGGCACUUGCUCAAGCUGCAAUGCGCCUGUGAACACGAACAUGAAGAAAGUGAACAUCCCUUACUUCAAGGAUAUUCUUAUCAUGUCGACAGCGUGUGAUCACUGUGGCUACCGCGACAAUGAAGUGAAAUCUGGCUCGGCGAUCAGCGACCAUGGGCGCAAGCUUACGCUGCGUGUCAAUGACAGUGAGGAUUUGUCUCGCGAUAUCCUGAAGGCCGAGAGUGCGGGUCUGUCUAUCCCUGAAAUUGAUCUGUAUCUCGCCCCUGGCACUCUUGGCGGCCGCUUCACGACGCUGGAAGGUCUUCUCCAGAACGUGUACGAUGAACUGUAUGAAAAGGUGCUUUUGCGCGGCGACUCGGCUGCCCAGAAGGAUGUGAAUGCAUUUGAGGGCUUUCUUGGCAAGUUGAAACGGGCCAUAAGUGCUGAGGCGUGCCCGUACACGGUGAUUCUGGACGACCCACUCGCCGACAGUUACAUUCAGAACCCGUAUGCGCCAGAUCCCGAUGAGCAGCUGCAUGUCGAAAACUAUACGCGUUCUUUUGAGCAGAAUGAAGUGCUGGGUCUGAAUGACAUGAAUGUGGAUCAUUACACGAAGGAUGCAUCCGGGGAGGCGGGUAUGACCCAGAAACAGACGGCAUCGCCCAAGAAUGCUGCCACACCGUCGGCCACAGACGCGACGCCAGCUCCCCCUGCGUAG